AAUAGGCCCCAGACCGACCGCGGAUCAAGCGAGCGCUGUACCACUGGGCUACGUCCCGCCUCUUUGUUUCAUUGAAUCCCAUCUGUGGAUCAGUUGAGUUUUUAGGUCAUCUGAGCUGAAGGCUCAAGUGAGCUAUUGCAAUCCGUGUUUGUAUGUCUUGCAUAAACAUUUGACAUUGUUUAUUCCCAUAAACGCACGAGACAGAGGGCAAGGGGUGUAACACAUACAUUAGUGCUGGAGAAAAACUUCAAAUUCGGGUGAAAAUUAUAGAUAUUCUGGCAAAAUGUGUUAACCUGAGACCUUUUUGCCAUGUAUUUGUAUCAUUCUACCCUCUAAAUUAGUUGUAAUGAAUGUAAAAAUGUGUACUGAUUCGUUUGCAAACAUAUAUAGCUGUUUGGUAGUAAUGUUAAUAUGAAUAAAUGUUGUUUUGCAGAUUUGGAUAAUUUUGUUUAAUUUGGGUAAAAACAAGCCUUCUCCUCUAUAAAAAUAGGAGCCCGUAUGCCUAUGUCGAUUCCUAGCUUGAAUGGGAAUUGUAUGUGACGAUUCCUAGCCACAUGGAGAAACAAAUUUGUUAAUCUGACAAGUCAGGUGCCUGAGGGACAGGGCCUAAAAUAGCAGUUUGACUACGUGUCAGAAUUAUCCAAUAUUUCACACCCAAUGACGAUUAUUUGAUCAAUGUGCUGUAGUAGUGGUAAUGUUAAACAAACAUUUUACAACAAAUUGAGUGAGACAGACAGAGAGAGGAGGGGAGGCGAGAGAGAGAGACAGAGGACGAGACACAGACACCAAGACCAAGUCUGACAGAUAUCUUUUGACCACUCAUUACCACUAUAACAUGUUUUAACUAACAAUGGUCCAUUCUUUGUAGCUGUUGCUAUGGGAUCUGAUGUGCCGAAGAUUGAAGUGAAUGUUUAUAAUAUUAGUGGAAAUCGUAAUGUCCAAAUUCCCAAGCUAGGACAAGUGCAAUGUGAUCAGUCGACAACUGUAAAAGGAAAGCGAGCAGCAGCUGAGCAGAAUGACGAAUUACCCACCAAGCAAAGUCAAAAGGAACAAUCGACAUCUCAAGACGCAAGUCCUCCCAAAACUGGAUGUGACAGAAUAACUAACAUGAUUCGGGCAACAGAACUUCAGCUGAUCUCCGUUAACUCAAACGUGUAUGUUCAAACCAGAGCAUAUGACAAAGGUAGACAACUGCUGAAAGAUCUUGGCUUCCUGGUUUUGAUAGGAAAUCCUGGAUCAGGAAAGACAACUCUCGGUCUAAGUCUAAUGUCAUAUUUUAAAAAUGAAGAAAAAAGACAGCCAUUAUACCUGACAGACUGUUCCAAUUUUGAAGACAUUCCUUUGUCAGGAUGUUUUGUUGUGAUGGUUGAUAACAUAUAUGGAAACUCUAAUCUUGUAACUGAAUUACAAAACAUGUGGCAAAGAAAAUUUGAGACAAUGUAUUCAAUUGUUCAAUCUGGCAAGAUGAAAUUUAUAAUUACAUUUAGAACCAAAAUAUUUAAUGAAUGUACUAAAAGCCUAAAGGAAUUUAGUCUGUUUAGUGAAACUUGUCAAAUUGAUCUGCAUGGCUCAGAUUAUUGUUUAACCUAUGAGGAGAAAAGAAAGAUGCUUGAAAAAAUACCUGGAGCAGAUUGAGGAUAAAGACAAUCAAAUAUGUCACUUGACAGAGUAUGUCAAAGGGAUGGCUGUACAAGACACCUUUACUGAAUUAGGCUUUCCCCAGUGCUGUAAAUAUUAUGUCACCUCAGCUGAAGCACAAAAAAGAGGAGUUGCUUUUUUCAAAAACCCUAUAGAAUUUCUCCAAAUACAGCUUGACUCCUUAAGAGAAAACAGUAGCUUUCAGUAUUUGGUUCUGUUGUUGGUGAUGUUUAAACAGGGAACUCUGAACACUGCCUGCUUAGACCCUUUUAAAAGUGAUACGUCAUUUACCACCUUAAUUAAACAGCUAAAAGGUGUUUGUGGAAUCAAUACAGAUGUUUCAGAAGGACAGAUAAAAACAUCUGCUAAUUCACUGUGUGGGUUGUACCUGUUCUACAGUGAUGUUUACAAAGUAUAUCGUUUCAUUCACCAGUCAGUGUUUGACACACUGUUUCUACAGUUUUCAUCAGAGUUCCUUGAGAAAAGUAUUGAAAUUUGUCCUGUAAGAAUGUUAUUAGAGUACGUUAUCACACCGGGUGUGCCAGUGAAAGGCGAUAUUGUAAUUAUUGUACAAAGAAAUAAUUAUAGGUGUCUUGCUGAACAAUUUACAAAACUGUUAAAAUCAGACUCUGCCAGUGAAAUUCUUUGUCACCAGUCAUUUCAGGAUGAAUUAUUUGUGAAGUAUUUAGUAGAGGAUUUCUGGAAAUCUGUUGUGCCAAUGGAUAUUUUGACUCGAAAAAGUCAUAGUGGAUAUACUAUCUGUCAUGUGAAUACAUAUCAAAUCUUCAGCGUUUUUAACAGUUGGUAUGGAGGUAAUGUAGAUCAUAUAUACACGCAUCAGACGUCAGUACCAAGUAUAGCUGUCAUGAAGACCUUGAAACUUUUGUCAGACUAUUUCACAUCCAGUCUGCAGAGAAUUGAUAUUCCUGAAGAGCAACAAGAGGAGUUACUGUUCAACUCAUGCUUCAUGGGCAACAGAAAGAUGGCUGAAAUGCUGCUCAACCGUGGCACUGUUCCUACACUAAAUACAUUGACUGCAGCUGCAGCAUCACAUACCGAUGACGAUGAACUGUUUGAAGAGGUGUUGACUUUUCUACGUGAAGAAAGCGUGGAUGAUGUUGGAGCUAGGUUAUUUCUAGCACUUAAAAAAGAAAAGUUUAAAAUAUCCAGUCUGUUGAUUAACAAAGUAAGUGGAAUGCCGGACUGUCACUCUUUUCUUGAACGAGCUGUCAAGAUGUUGUUAAGUCAAUGUAUUGUGAAAUUCCUCAAGUUCCAUAGUAAUUCGCAAACUGAAGCGGAGAUUCUAUUUGAAAAGUUGUACAUGUACCUAGACACUAACGACUAUGAUACUGCCGUUGAACUAGCAGCUCGUCACUGUAGUGCAGGUAUUCUGAAAAAGAUUGUACACAUGAAACCAGAGUGUCUGAAGGGAAA